AUGAGUGGAAGCAUCCCCUCGGCCGUCCUGUCAGCAAUCACUCCUCGCAGCCGCUCUGCAACGGUACGGAGGCAGAGCAGCAAAAUUCUUGUUCACCAGGGGUGGGGUGGGAAGAGAAACGCUGCAGCAUCUGCCACCAAACAUUUUACAACAUAUCAACUAAAUAAAUCACACGGGACAGACUUCGGGGCAGGUUGCCGUGAAAGUGAGGGGGUGGCACUGAGGAGGUACUCACGCUUUCACAUCUUCUGGCAGGUUUGGGACAACAGUGUCUUGGCAGCAGAGGAACGGAGAGGGAUACCCAAGGCUCCUGAAGAAAGGGACGUAAAGGCUAAGUCUGUCGGGAUCAGAGGUCCAUUGAUUUGUUACACUGCCAAUCAAGCCAACGCAACACUGGACUUGAUCAUCAAAUCUGGAGGAAGACCUGCCAACGACUUGCUGACUCUAAAGAGUGAAGUUUAUUUAAAGAUCACCUUUGAAGCGUCUGGAAACUACUUGAUUGUGAAGCUGUCUUUAGACAGCCCUGAUGACCUUUUAAUUUCUUCACCUGUGGCUGGGACAAAUGUGAACCGUUACAUACAGUGGAGUGAAGCUAUGGUUAGGAAAACCCUGAAUGCGCUGAAUCGAAUGUACCAAGACCAAGUGCCAACCCUGAGAACCAAGCAGCACAUGAACAACACAGCAGUGGCCGACUCACAGGGCAUGCUGCACAUUCAUGUGAUUGACUGAUCCAGAGAACCAACCAUCCAACCGCUGCGCUUCAUUUUAAACACUUCUUUAUCCUCUAAUAUGAAAGAUGAGACCAGCAAACACCAUAUGGAGCAAGGUGUGCAGCGUUGGAGAAACAGAAUUCUGUGCAUCAUUUAAAAACCUGUACGAAGACUGAAUUCUGUGUAAACAUACUUAAGAUUGCUACUUAGUGUACGUGCUGCAUCCUUCUGCCAGUAUUGAAUAUCCCAUCCUGUUGACUAAAUUGUCAUACUGUAUGAUGUCACCUGAAGUCUCAGGAAGGGCAGACUCCAUAGGAUGCAAA